AUGAAAAACGAGAGUACAAACCACAUAGCAAGCGAAUUUCUAGCACUUGCACACAACCAGUACAAAAAGAGGCACGAUUCAGUAGCAAAAGCCCUCCACUGGAGCCUGUGCAAGAAACGCCAGCUACCUUGCAGUAAUAAUUGGCAAAAACACCAAGCUGAAGUAUUGACAGAAAACGAUCAGGCAAAGAACCUCUGGGACUAUGGCACGGCUAUCUGGACCGUGGACUAUGGUAUCAGAACAGAUAGGGUGAUACGUGCCAAUAGACCAGACGUGACGUUGAUUGACAAAACCAAGAAGAAAGUAUCACCCAUCAAAGAGAGAGUGAAGACUGAUAAGUAUCAAGACCUGAAAAUUUGGGAUAUGCUAGUGGAAAUUGUUUUACCCAUAGUCAUAGGGACACUAGGCACGAUCCCAAGAUCCCUGAAAAGGAACCUGGAAAAACUAGAUGCCGAAGUAGCUCCAGGACUCGCGCAGGAGUGUGCGCUCCUAGAAACAGCGAACACAGUGAGAAAAGUGAUUUGA